UUGUUUGCUGUUACUUAUUUCACAUUUUGGCAUAAUGCAUUUAAGGUAAGGCCCGAUCUUUUCCAUACGUAUCGGAAGGAGCUGUUCGUCUGUCUGCGUUACCUGGAAGACGUUGUGCUGAAGCGGAAUGUAUUCACGCUGGCCGGAAGUGCCACAAUGUUGUUGGACGUCGUCCUGAAGAUCGUACUACUCUUCAACGAGAAACACCGUGAGCUGAAGCAGUCUAGUGUGAAUAUCAAGGUCUACAAACUGAUCUACCAACAUUUGGCAGAUCUGCUUCAGUAUGUGGACCAGAUCUUGAUCGAGUGCAGCUUUGACGUCGAAAAAAAGUUCACCAUUACCGAAUUCUGUCAAAACUUGAGAAAUACGGUUAAAGUGCUUUACGAACUGAGCGACGAGUCGUGGACUGACAUUAUUUGCGAUUCAUCGAAAGUCGUUCGACCGCUUGUUCACGACAACACUUUUGACAACGCAGGGUCUGACUCAAAUUCAGGUGACGGUAAUGAGCAUAUGAAGGAGAGAUUGGAGCGUAAUGGUUUCGACACAAACGAUAGUAUGUGUAUCCGCACAGGCGCUUCUCAGUCAGGGACUUACGACGCUGAGCUGCUGCCGCCCCCUAAGCCUCCUUACAACCCUGCAUUGUUGGAAGUGAACUUAUCAAAGAAGGACGGCGACAAGUUCCGGUCCAGCGAUAUUUCCGUUUCUCCCCAAACAACGGAUUCCGGCGUAUACAGCAGUAACAACGAUGAUUUAUCGCUCGAUUCAUCAUCGAAUUGGUCGAACGCUACCCCAAAUAAUGUGCCGCCGCAACCAGCUUGCGAAAAACUGCUACCGUCGACCAGCGAUACCACAAAUGAACACGAUGGGUCAUCGAAUCAUCAGAUUUCUGAAGAGGUGGUCGACGGUAAGCUAGUAAAAACAACCAAAGUUGUCAAGAAACAGAUGUGGAAAUCCACUGUCGUGAAGCAAGGAGAAUCGGUGAUCUCGAUUGAUGACGAACUGCUUAAAAAUCCGAGCCUUAUUCAAACUCUUGUUGCAGCUGGCAGCGGUGAAGUGAAAACGGUAGAAUCACAUAGUCAGUUGAUCCGAGGCAGUGCCUUCUGCGAAGCCACGGCGGAUGUAGUUGGCGGAAACAAAUUUCCUACCCAACAUUUACCACUGGACGACACCCCUGUCGGUUUGAAUUCAAGCACGAUCACCAUGUCGGCAUUAAAGCACGAUGACCGCCCCAUAUCGAAAUAUGAAAACACCGCCAGUGCGUCAGACAGCCGGGAAGAAACGGUCAACGUCAGUCUUCGGGCGAUGAAAGUGGAGUCAAAUCACGAGACUUACUCCAACAAGACCUUCGUGAACGGAAACCUUACCUCCGAGUCACAGUUGGACAGGUUCGACAGCAACGUUAUUGCCGCCAAACAGCAUAAUAUUUACGAGAACGGCAGUAUAGUGGACUCAACGAGUAGUUCUGUGUUCGCUAAAGGUGGCGGUUUUUAUCGCGGAGAUAGCAGUGGAGUGAGUUUUCGUGUGUCCUGCACUGGCGGUCGGAAGACUUCCUCAUCCAAAAGGAACAUUGUUUCUACAUACAUGCAAGUGUUUGGAAGCAGCAAUCCAUCGAGCGAAUCGGACUUUAGAAGCUCGGCACUUGUCACGUACGAACGAUUGCGCGACAGAUGGCAGUUGAAUCUGGAUUGUGGUAAGCGUCGAGGUCUGCCAUUCGACUUGCGCCCGGCGGUACAUCACCCGAGUUCGGGUAGUGACGAUUCAUUGUCGUCGCCCGACGCGAAUCGUCAUCACUCUGGUCAGUCUUCUGUCAUGCUGUCCCCCGCGGAACUUGUAGUCAAUGACAGCCAGGUAUACUACAAAAAUAUGAUGGACCUGAUCGACCUAAACGACAAGCUGAACCUGCCGCUGAUGGCCGUCAGCAGUGCUCCGGAGAUGAAACCGAUAGUGCUUCCACGGCGCCAAGCAAUCAGCUAUGUGAAUCUGUUGGAUGAACUGGAAGUGCCGGAUCAUAUGAUCAUUGUCGAGUCUAACGAGAAAGCAACCGAACUAAAAGGUGGACCAGUCGACGCACUGAUCGUCUGUGCUGCUUCGAUUGGCAACAACAAAGUCCAACCUGAUACGGGAUUCUUCUUGUACAGCGUAAGCAGUAAUCCAAGUAGGAUACCUGACAUCAGACCGAAGUAGGU